UCUCGGCUCGGCGAACGUGAUACAACUUAGAUACCAAGAACAUUCUGGGAAGUACUAGGCUCGUAUCUCCAAGAGCAGACAGUGAAACCUGUGAUGGGUGAGGUGGUAUCACCAAGCGAUACCUGCCGGGCGGACGAGCGGGGGGGAAGAACAUCAGGUCAACACAAAGAACACCCCCUUGACCCACAUCUCAUAUCCCAGAAAAGGAAGUCGUUGAGCCGAAUCGGACGCGUUUGAUCACAUACUGCCACGACAACAUCUCAACAAAGCCACGAAUGCAAUCACAAUUCGUCGGGAGUUACGUCCAUGCUGGAAAGGAGAGCCACUUCAGAAGGCUGGUACUUCGUGCAAUCAACCCCCUAGACAGUACGAAAGCAAAGCGCGUACUGCAUUGCCCACAUGAAGCCGGACGGCUUGCAGUCUGUAGAGUAGUACGAGGUUUCUCACUUUCCUGCUUGCUUGAGGGAGAUGCGGCAUUCCUCAAGGAUGGAGAGGAAAUGCAUUCCCACCAAGCUUCCGAGAUGAGCUUCCUGCCUGCGUUGGAAAGACUGGGCAUUCCUCGAGUCUCUAGAGGGAAUCACAUUCCAGCUAGAGUUUCGGGGCCAAAAGACCGUCGCGGCUGUCAAAAGAUGUGUGAAUCAACCUUGGUCGCCCCCGUAUUGAAAAUGUGCCACUUCGUUGAUGAGUUGUCUCGCUUCAGAAAGCGAGACUGUGAUCUCAGUUGCUAUGGCAUUUUCACCCCGAUAAUCCCUCGAAGAGAAAUCCACUUGCAUGCCAUGCUGAAAUUUCAUGUUUCCGUUUGUUUUACGACCAAAUUCCAUAGAUCGAGUCCCUCUUUAAGUAUUCCAUUUGUGGUGAAUUUCAAGUCGAGAAAUCUGUGAUCUAAUGGACAAAAGCGUUUUUUCCCAAUGUGAUUAUUUUCAAAAUUUCAGACUUCUGUUCAAAGAAGCUGGGCUCUGACGACCUGCCAUAUGUGUUUAAAUAGUGC